CAUAAUUCUCGGUUAAUUUUCCAAAAGGCGUAUUAGCAAGUGACAGUUUCUCUUUGUUUAUUUUCUGUUCUAAUUAUUACCAAGUGGUUUAUCACUCAAUUCUUUGCAUGAAAUGAUACCCGAAACUUUCGACUUUCAAACAGAAUAGUUAUAUCAAUGAAAAUCUUUUUAAUCACAUCACAAUAAUUGAAAGAGACAGUGAUUAAAGGGAAACUGUCAUUUGCUUAUACGCCCUAAUGAAAAAUCAACCGAGAAUUAACCGCGAAAUGGUUCACAGCCUGAGAAUUGGCUCAUCUCGCCAUUAAUGACUUUUUGUCUAUUUUCAUCUAAAUAUUAAAAAAUUGUAAUCUCGGGUUUAGGUGAAGCAUCUAUUUUUGCAACAGGUAAAAGGAAAGCUUCACAAUUUAAAUAUAGACUGCGAUGACCAUACCUUCAGUUACAUCAAAACGUUUAAUUCUAAGAUUGUAUCGUGAUCUUCACCGGUACGGGUCUCAACUGCAAUUCACAAAUCGUGAAUAUUUUCUGCAGCGCGUACGACGCGAGUUUGACAAAAAUCGAGCCGUAAACGACCCAAAGGAAUUCGAGUUUUGUUAUAAGAGAGGACGAGCCAUAUUGGAUCAAGCUCGCAUUGUAUAAUAGAUGAUAUCGUUAAGAAUCAUAGCUACUAAACUUCGAGAAUUGAAUUACUUGAUUUAUCGUCCUAAAUCUACAAUUGACACAUCCAGAGUUCCA